AUGGAGCCUUCUUCGUCGUUCGGGAGAUUCUUCUAUUUCUCAUAUUUUGCCGUCGGAUCAUAUCUGGCGAAAAGUCUUCUGGACCAGGUAGGCAGCUUGCCGCUACAUCUCUUGUAUUCCACCGUCGAGGUACAAUCACACGACGAUGCCUACAACUAUCUCCUAUUUUGGUUAACGAAGCAACGGUUCAAUGAAAACAAAAAUCGCCUCAUCGCAAGCACCUCCUUGAGUAGCGGCCUGGAUUACUUCAGCGAGGACUCCGACGAUGGGGAGUUUGACGACAUGCUGGACGCGGAAGCCUCCACCGACACCGAGUGGAAGGCCUCAUUGUCGAAUACGCGUCAGCUGCUGUGGUCGCCCUCCGAAGGCAUCCACUAUUUCAAGUAUGGCGGUCGAUGCCUGGCACUCACCCGGCAGAUCGAGGAACGCGGGCAAAUGCUCUACACGCGCACCGACAAACUCCGCAUCUCGUGUCUCGGGUGGGAUGCGUCCAUUUUGAAGCAGUUGCUAUUGGAAGCUCGCGUGGAAUACUCACAGAAGGAAAAGGGCAAGACGGUGAUUUAUCGUGGGGCUAAGAGAGCGUACGACAACGACUUCUACUGGGCCCGUUCGACCGCGCGUCCCGCCAGACCGCUGUCCACCGUCAUCCUGGACCACGAAGAGAAGACCGCCUUUAUCCGAGACGUUCAGCAGUAUCUCCACCCCAGCACGAUGCGAUGGUACAGCGAUCGAGGCAUCCCCUACCGUCGAGGCUACUUAUUUUACGGUCCCCCCGGCACGGGCAAGUCCAGUCUCGCCUUCGCAGCGGCAGGGUUCCUAGGAUUGAAUGUGUAUAUCCUGGACCUGAAUGCAACGCAGCUUACCGAAGAUGCGUUGGCACAGCUCUUCCAAGCGUUGCCCCGCCGGUGUCUAGUGCUCCUGGAAGACAUUGACACGAACGAAGUGACCAGUCGUCGCAGCGAUGAAUCCAAAAAGAAGCGGAAAGGGAACAACAAGAUCUCGCUCUCGGCCUUGCUCAAUACGAUCGAUGGUGUAGCAGCGCAGGAAGGCCGUGUGCUCGUCAUGACCACCAACCACCAAGAGAAUCUGGAUCCCGCCCUUAUUCGGCCGGGUCGGGUGGAUUACCAGAUCGAGUUCAAGCUGGCCAAUCGCAAUUUGAUGAUGCAGAUGUUUCAGAACCUAUUCCGAGACGUACUGCCGAGCAUUGACUCACACCUGGAGGACAGCGUGACUGACGCGUUGCUGCUAACUGCGACAGCGGAAAAGGUCCCUCUGCUCCCAGCUGCUGACCACGCCCCGAUCCGUCCUGAAAGUCCGGAAGUGGACAUGGAGCAGUUGGCGGCCACCUUUGCCGACAAGAUUCCCGAACUCACGUUCUCGCCGGCGGAGAUCCAAGGCUAUCUGCUGUGCCACAAAAGCUCCCCAUUAGAUGCCAUCACACAUGUAGAAUCGUGGGGGGAGAAGACGCUGGAAGAGAAGAAAAAGAAGGAUGCCGAAAGAGAGUUGCAGGAGAACGAGAAGGCCAAGAAGGAUAAGAAGGGGAAGAAAGCGAAGAAGGGCAAAAAAGAAACGGCGAGCAAGGAUGAGACCGACGAAGAGAAGGAUUCAUCCUCUAGUGCGGAGAGUGAGUCGGACGAAGAAUCAUCGAAUGAGGAGAACAAACAGUCCAAUGGAACAUACUAA